AUGGUGAUACUGUCACCUACUCUCCAACAGGUUGAAUAUGCCUUAGAAGCUAUAAAACAAGGGAGUGCUGUUGUGGGACUUGCCACAAAAGAACAUGCCGUUUUGGUGGCACUAAAAAGAAAUGCUGAAGAAUUAGGAUCAUAUCAAAAGAAAAUAAUUAAAGUUGAUGAAAAUUUAGGUAUUGCAUUAGCUGGUUUAGCUCCAGAUGCAAGAGUUUUAUCAAAUUUCUUACGUGAACAAGCCAUGUCUCAAAGAAUGAUAUAUAAUAGAGCAUUAUCAGUAGAAAAAGCUUCAAAUUUAUUGGCUGAUAAAGCACAAAAGAAUACACAAAGUUAUGGUGGUAGACCAUAUGGUGUUGGUUUAUUAGUUGUUGGUUAUGAUGAAACAGGUGCACAUUUAUUUGAAUUUCAACCUUCAGGUUCUGUACUUGAAUACGUUGGUGCUGCAAUUGGUGCAAGAUCACAAGCUGGUAGAACUUAUUUAGAACGUAAUUUUGAAAGUUAUGCAAAUGCUACUAAAGAAGAAUUAAUUGUUCAUGGUUUAAAUGCUCUUAGAGAUACUUUAUCACAAGAUAAAGAAUUAAAUAGUAAAAACACUUCAAUUGCCAUCGUUGGUAAAGAUACAGAUUUCACAUUAUGGGAUGAUGAUGAUGUUCAACCAUGGUUAAAUAAAUUAGAUUCAACAUCAAAUGCUAGAACCUCAGGAGGUAAUAAUGGUGGUGAUGAUGAUAAUGAUGACGAUGAUAACAAUAAUGAUGAAAGUGGUGAUAAAUCAGAAACUAAACCUGAAGAAGAAAACAGUGAGGAUAAAAUGGAAACUGAUUAA